CACAACAGCGUGUGCUGUGGCUCUAACACACUGCUCAUGGGCUGUCCACACACGGCCACUCGUAGAGAGCCUUUUGUGCUCACUGGAGGAGCUAUUUAUAUCAGGGCUAGGGAUCAUUGCGCGACGCACAACCCAGUAUACACACGGAGGAAAGAAACGCAAAUCAAUCAACCAAGAGCGAAGAAAGGGCAGCAAGAGGAACCAGAAUGCAUCCUCCUCCUCCUGCUGAUGUCGUCGCUCCUCCAGCUCCGGCAGCCGCUGGUGGCGCCGCCGCCGCUGUCAACGCUGCCGAACGUCCGCCAGGGUACAAGUGGCGGCGCGUGCUGUCCUGGGGCGGUCUCACUCCGGUGCUGCUCUGCAUCGCCGUGAUGGUUUCUGCCUUCGCCCUCCUCGCGUCGAUGUUCAGUCCCGCCGAGUUAGCCUAUGUAGUACCGGCCCUGACACUGCUCAUGGGCUGCGUCAUAGCGCAGGUGGGCCAGGCCGGCGCGGCGCUCAUCGUCACGCCGCCGUCCACGAUCAAGGGGUACCUCGCCGGCUUCGCCAACCUGCUCGGGCUGGUCACGCUCGCCCACCUCUUAGCCAUCGCCAGAUCCUGCUUCACCGGCAAGUUUUGCAAAGUGGAGUACAGCUUCGACGUCAUCUUCGCCAACGCUUUCCUCUUAGCCUUCAUCUUUUGCAUAUCUGUGCUGCGUGUGUGUGCCCUAUAGAUUGCAAUCACGUCUAGGAAAUUAAUUAUAGUGCUAAGAAUCUCCGGUUCUAAUGCGUACGUUGAGCUAUGAUUUUCUCAUCUUUCUAUUGGGUUCAUAUUUAGCUAUGUAUGCGUCCAGUAGCUAUGGUGGCGACCCACGUCCAGGAUAUUUAUUGCAUUACUAAGAAUCUCUACUUCUAAUAAUAAUGUGUUGAGCUA